AUGGGGAUGGAAGUGAGCCGGAAGAGGAGAGACCUCCGAAGGUUCGGCGAAUUUCCGACGGAUCCACGGUUGGAUCCACGGACGGCGGGGCUACGGCGGGAUCACUUUCAACAGACCAUGAUGAGGAAGACGAGAACAUGGCCGAUGCUCUGCCGCAAGGAACGAGUGGUGUGGGCACAGGUCGAGAAAUCGGAGGAGGCUCUAGCUCAGCUUGGCCACAGCUUGCAGGAAAAGCGUUUGGAAAUCAGGACGCUGAAGGAGAGAGUGGUGUCGCUCGAACAAGCCAUCUCCGCUCUCGCAGAGAGGAAGGAGGAGAUUAAGGCUGGCCUCGAUGCGGAAGUGGCCAAAAUUGAGAGACUGAGGGAUGAGGCUAGGCAGAGGGCCAAGGAUUUCAAGGAGGCGCAGGAUCCCCUCGUGCCGCUGCGAUGUCGGCGAGAAGAGUUGAAGGACGAGAAGAGCCAGAAGACCGAGGAAAAGGAUCACAUCUCGGAGAGGCUUAAGUCGGCGAGAGAGGAAGCGAAAAGGCGCGCGUCCGACGAAAGGGAGAGGACCCUCCACCACGAGAUUCUACAGGACCUGUCGUCGGUGACCGCGAGCGACACGUGCAAGAUAAUCAAGAUGCAGCCCCCUCGAAAGGGGGACCACAACCAGACCACCCUGGAAGAACCCUUCGGUGCCAGUGCCUCUUGA